UGUUGCCCCGCCCACUAGAAUAACAUACCCCGGCCACUUUAAGAGCAAACUAAGGGGGAUUUUACAUUGUUUUGUUUGAGUCUCAAUCGCUCUCUUCUUCACACUGCACGCCUCGUGAUGAUCACAGGAAGACACACAAACACACCCUGAAACAUGUGGACGAAAGUGAGAAACAACAACAGCUCUCUUCAUGAAGAACCACAGGAACACAAUCUCACACAGAUAGUUUCCCCAGUGUCUUCAUGGCUCCCAUCCAAGUCUGAUAGAAAUGGCUCAGUAACUGCCAGUCCACCCCCUCUUGCUGAGACCCCCAUGAACAGAGAGAGUGGAAUCAUACCAGGUGCGAUUGCUGCAGCAGUGUUCAUAGGCUUUCUGUUAGCCCUCUAUGCUGUUCUUUGGAAAUGCAUGGUUACACAACCAAAAAGGAGGAAAAAAAGAAAAGUUUGAAGGCUCGUGAACAGAGAUCUCUUACGUGCUGACCUCUGGACGAGACGUCCUCCGGUCUACCAGAGAUUCCGAGUUACUGAUCUUGGGUCAGAUCUUCUCCUGCUAUGUAUCAGCACCCUUAUGAACUGUGUUUAUGUCUUAACGCACACUAAUUUUGGGAACAUUUUGAGGGAAGUAGAUGCUUCUGUUUUACAGUUCUACUUAGUCAUCAUCAGAUCAAUGUCUGCUGUCUUUCAUAAAUCAUCCAUCAGGUUCUUCAUCGAUCUGUUUGGCUGAUCACCAGACAUUAUCCAAUUGGACAGGGGGUUACAUUUUGGAAAAUUGUCUUGAUAAUGUGGAAUUCAGUCAUAAAACUGAAUAAUUUUGUGUGUAUAUAGAAAAUAACAGCUCUUGUGGUAUAUGAAUAGUUUACUUGAGUAUAAGAUAUUUCCAGAGAGCAUAAUGUAGGUGUAGCGAUGCCAUGGCACAACAUGUCAAAUGUCCACUAGAUGGCAGUGGGCUCUAUGUUUUUUCACUUGAUGAAACAAGGAAAUCACCAUAUCCCAUAAAGUCUUUCAGUCUUUACAGCUUUAUCUUUAUAGACUUACAUGUUUAGGACGUUUAUUUUAUUGCUGAUAGCUAUGCUAAUUAAUACAUGGAAGAUAUAAUAAAUGUUGGGAGACUAAGCCCUUUUUUUUCUUCCAAAUAUCCCCUUUGACCAUAGUGAACUCUGCACCAGUGAAUGAGUGCGUGUGUGUGUGUGUGUGUGAGUGAGAGAGAUUUCCCUUAUGCAGCAGUAUUGGCCAGAGAGCAGCACAUUUCUGGGUUAAAGUCUGGGUACGUGCGAGUUUGUGUGUAUGAACAUAAGAAUAGGGAGUUGCAGAUUGCACAUUUUUAUUGCAGGUGCUUUGUUUGCACAGUUGCUGUAUUUACAGUUGUUAUGUAUUUUAUUUUAUUGUCAUUAAUUACAGUGGUUUUCAUUAAGGUUUGAUUUUGCCUUUUAUUUUGGAUUAGAAUGUGUUAAAUUCCUUCUAGUCGAUGCAGUAUAAUUUAGACUCAGUGUGGCUGUAUAAGACUAAUUUUUCACUGCACAAAUGUUUAAUAUAGAAUGUUAUGAUUGAUAUGUACCUGUAAAUGUGAACUUUGAUAUAUGAUGACUUUGUACAAUCACAUUAAAAGACGUUUAUAAAAUGGA